AUGUCGUCUAAUGAAAACGUAGGGCCCGUUUACCUAAAGCACCGAACGUUCAACGAAUCCGGAUACGGAAGGCAGUCGCAACAAAGUUUAUUGUUUGACGACGCAGUGGACCAAUCGAGUUACAGCGCAUUCGGUUCAAAUGGAAAAACCGCAAAUUUCAGUAAUAUUAUUUUUUAUUUAUAAUAUUUCGAUUCUGAGCAUAACGAGGAAUGUAUUGGUUUUCUAUGACGAGAUGGCGUGUGCUUUUAGAUUCUGAAUGGGGUGAGGAAUGUAUUGGUGUUACAAUGAAGUUUUUUUUUUUCUAUACUGUGUACAAAAAUUCUACUAGAAAUCUUGGGAUUUUCAAGUGUACCUAACCUUUUCUGUAAUGCAAAAUGUACGAAAACAACUUUAACUAUUUUAAAUUUUGUGUUUUUAUUGUAAUCGAGUUAAAAAUGUUCGUAAAGACUUGCAAUUUAGACAGAAAUAUUAUAUUUGAUUUUUAUAGAUGAGGUGAAAUUCUUAAAAUAUUUGAGCUAUUUAUAGAUAUCUUAAAUUUUGCGAGUUUUUAUGCAAUAUUUAUUCAGUGGGUAUCCUGUGGAUAAAAUUAUUAUACCAAACAAAAAUGCUUAAAAAUUUAUCAGAAGAUUCAUUAGUAUUUGAACUAAUUGUAAUUAGUAGUCAAUAAGAAAAAAUUAAGUUUAAUUUUUAAUAAUAUAUUUUUUUUUAUUAUAAGAAUUUUAAUAUUAAACUUUAACGGAGAUCAUACAUAUUACGGCCUUUUAAAUAUGUAUAUUCGAUCUCUACUCAGAAUCGUUUUUCGUUUACAAAGAUUAUUCGUUGCGUAUAGAUACAUUAAAUGCGCUUAUAUAUCCUAUUUUUCCAAAAUAUUACCUACAACAGUGGCUCACCCAUCGUGCGAAGUAUGUCAGUCUUUUUUUUCUUUUCCCAAUUAUUAUAAAAACUACUCGGAGAAUCAAAAAAUAAACUUUUCUUUCAAUUCAUCAACUAGAUCCAAAGUACUGCAAAAUGCUCUUUUAUAAUUUUUGAUUGGAGUAAUAUUUCUCGUGGAAAUGUUGUUAACAGUCAGACAUAAAACAAAUACCAAUAGUAGUAUAGUAAAAUUAAUACAUGCCUCAAUACGCUCAGAAUCUAAAAGUUGAUUGUAAUCUAGUAAUUUUAGAUUCUGAUUUUAGCGAAGAAUGUAUUGGUUUUACAAAGAUGAUUAUUUUUUUUUUAUGUGAACACUUUUUCUACCAGAAAGCCUACUCCAAUUAUUAAGUAUAUCAUAUUUUCUGAAAGGAAAUGUUUUCUAAGUGGUACAUUAGAGAGUUCUUUUUUGAAAUUCUCAUUAAUAUUCGUGAUAAUGAGGUAAACCUGGUUCUUAAGGUUGAAAAAGAUUGAAAGAUUAAAAAUAAGGUUGUUGUAGAAUAAAAAUAAAUUUAAAAUAGCAGGAAAAAGGGGAAAGGGUGAAAAGGAGAGGAAGAAGGAAUGGGUAUGGGAAAGAGUAUAGGGUUAUAAAGGGGUAAUAGGUAUAGGUAUAUUCAUAUUCGUAUAUAUGACGUAUGACGCGAACGCCCAGCGAUUUACUUAUUGAUAGGAUUAUUGACGGUAGUGUUGCCAUAACGCAGAAUCGGUCGGAUAAGACCUUAAAUAGACUCACAGCGUAAUAUGUUGACAAAUAGUGUGUAUAUAUAGUAUAGUGUGUGUGUGUGUGUGUGUGUGCACGUGCGGUCGUUGGGGUUGUAUUGUAAUUUAUGUACGUAUAUUUAUAUUGUGUCGAUAAAAAGCGUAUUUAUGAUAUUUAUUGACGAUGGCUAUUGCCUACAUCGUAAUAAGUAAUAUAUCUCUUCUGCCUAUUUUACUCUUAUUAAUAUUUUACUACGAAAGUAUGUAAAAAUUACACUUAUCUUAUAUUUUCUGUUAAAAGUUCAAAAGAAGUUCGUUGCUCAAAAUAUUAGGCACAGGAUAAAAGGGGUAUUGGUAUCAAUGAAUCGAUGCAAUGUAUACGCCUUGUUUGGUACCCAAUAGACUUAUGAAUACUCUUAUGUAGAUAACAGCUCACAACGCAGCAACCAGGUAUAUAGACAAUGAAAAUAUUAGCAAGAAUUAUAUUUUAUCCACCGCCCUUUACAAACGUAUAGACAACCGUUCCGCAGAGAUGAAUGGGUUAUACGACACAAUCUAUGGUGAAACAAUAGUGACAAUAAGUACAAUUACCAGGUAUACAGGUAUAUAGGAUAGAGAGAACCAAAUACAGCAGCCCGCCUUCGGUAUCUGCAACUACUGUAUAGGUUUAGAAAAAAAGGUAUGGUUGAAGUGAGUGAGCAAAAAAUGUUUGCUUCCGCUGGGCGAACCUAGAGAAGUGAAAACUGACUCAGACACAGUUAGACCGUUAGAAUGGUCAGAAUGGUCAAAAUGGCUUUUUGGGCGACGCGUAUGGCGUAUUUAUGCCCUCCGCGGUCUUUCACACAGACGACCUCACUUCGCUACGGUAGCUGCAUGAGCGCCUUCAUGUGAGCGACGCAUGUAAUUAAUAUUUUGAAUUAAUAUGUGCCGUAUUAAGGUGGCAACAUUGUUUAAGAGAUGUUUGUGAUAAAACUGGUAAUUGUGUUGUGUAACCAUGAUCGUUUAUUUUAAUUAUCGUUUAUUUAUUACAAGUAUUAAAUAUUCAAUAAAUUAAAAGGUUGUCAUUGGGAACCGUUUUUAUUUAUUUAUUGUUAUUAUUAAGUUUUUAAUCGUUUAAUAUUGUUAAGCAAUCACUGUGUUAUGGAAACGUGCAUUUUUGUGAUUAUUAUAUACCAUAAUAUGACAUAUAUAUUGUUGACAAAGCAACACCAUCAAGUGAACUCCUCUGAGAAUCGUUUUUUCGUUAGCAAUGGUUUAUCGUUACUUAGAGAUAUAAAUAAAAUAACCUUAUAUAUCCCACCUUCCUAACUUCUCACCUAGAACAGUUGCCGCUUCCAUUCCCAGUAUCAGUUUUUUUUUUACAUUCACGUUUUCAAGUCCGGAUUAGGACAUUACAAGUUUCCGGGAAUACAUUUUUCAAUGAGGCAUUUUAAAAAGGGGUAAUAACAAAAACAAAAAGUUAAAAAAUAUUUACUCACAAUUGUAUGACAAUAUUUUUAGUAAAAUAAAAUAUAAACUCCUGUGACUCGAGGGCCUCCCGCCGUCCAUCUUUUCCCCUUAAUUAGGGUUGGCACUUGUUAUUGCGAUCAUAAACAUGCACAUAAAACACAUAAACAUAACGCGUGAGAAUAAGAUGUUAUACGCCAAAUGUAAUAAUGUGAUGACUAUUGUACCCAUGUGAACAAUUAUAAAAAAAAUGUUUACUGUCGUAGAUCUCGAAAUUCAAGACGAUCGAGGUAUGCCGGUAAACUAUGCGAGAGUUAAAGCGUUAGAAGAAAUUAUACGGAAAGAUAUUGUUAGCGAUAAAAAUUCAUUGCACAGAGCAAUCACUCCGGUGCUGACGUUAGCUAAUUUUUUCGCCCUUUUACCAGUACAGGGUAUUAAAGGACAGAAUACUAGUUAUUUGACGUGAGUACAAUUACUUUCGUAUACAUUAUUAAUAUUAAUUUAUUGUUGUCAUUAUUACUCUAAUCAAUGUCUCUAACCUGGUACUCUGGCUCAUAAUUGGGUCCCUAGGAAAAAUAUUUCCAAUGCCCCUUAAACAAUAAAAUAAAAAAGUCAGAUUCAAUUACUACACACUAAAAAAAAAUAUUUCCUGUCCAUGCAAUGUAUAAAUGUAUUUACAUUUUAGAGUUUAGAAACAUAGGCAGAAAUCGUUGCACUUAGGUCCGAUCUAUGACUAUAUUUGGUGAUGCCAUUUUGACGAUAAAAGCAAAAAUUCACAAAAAUUAUUACAAUUGAUCGCUUUACUACAAAACAACAUAUAAUUUAUAGUUCUGUAGUCGACAGCGAAAAGCUAUGUGAAAAAAGGUGAACAUUUUAGGAGAUAAAUUUAAAAGCGACUAAUGACGAUAAUUGUAACUAUAUUACUAUUUCUAUCAGCAAGUGGCAUCGCCGAAAAGUCCUAUUACUCUGCAAUGAAUUUUUUACAACCUGCCUUGUGUACAUUUUCGAGACUAAAAUAUAAUGUAAUUAGCUUUUAAAUAGUUUAUUUUAUCGUUUUAUAAGACGCAUUUUUAUGAAUAUAUGUAUUUUGUUUUUAUUUUUCAGUUUCAAUUGGUUUACCUGGAUGAUAUUAUAUGUCUUGGUUGUAUUUGUCUCGUGUUUUCUUAUCAUUUUACUAUCAAGUAUCAGAAUAUAUCAGGUUGGACUGACGUACUAUGGAAUGGGUAAAUGUUGUGACUUCAUUUGCUUUUGACUUUGAUUUUACAGUUGUAUGUUGUAUAUUGUUCCGAUCCGUUCUAUUGGAAAGACUACUAGAAAGAAUAACUAUUGAGAAAUAGCAAAAAGACUGAUAUCUACAUUAGAUAUUUUGCUCUUUAGAUAUUUUAUGUAUUACAUAUGUAUUUUGGUUAUUUCUUUGUAAUAAUGAUAUUAUAUUCUGUUUUAAGUGAAGAUACCGACUUUGAAAAAAUAAAUAAAUAAUUAUAAUAUUUUAUAAUAACUUGGUUCUGCUAAAAAUAAUCGUUUUUUUUUUUUGAUAUUGUAAUAUUAUAUUUUGUUAUCUUUCAGGCAAUAUAUUGUUUUUCGGAAGUACAUUGGUAAUUUAUAUAAUUUUUGUCCAUUUGGCCAAGCAAUGGCCAAAAGUUAUGGGGCAAUGGGAACUAAUGGAACGUGAAAUGAUGCGACAAUUUAGAAACCCCAUAGAUAUGGCUUACAAGUUCAAAAAGAUAACGAGUAUCGUCAUGGUGCUUUCUAUAGGUACCUUUAUAGGCUAUAAUUUCAAAUUUAUCGUAACGAGUGACAUAGUACAUUAUAACAAAUAAAUAAGUUGUAAAUAUGAUGAUAUUUCGUUGGUCCCUUUUUUUCCGAAUCGUUUUAUUUGUGUUUAUAUCUGUGAUCUUCAUUUUAUUUUACAGUUGAAUAUAUCACUACUCUUUUAACGGGAAUUGUGAAAGCAGUUCCAUGUUCGACGGGUGGACUGGAUAUUAUCCGAGCUUAUUUUUCUACGACUUUUCGUCAAGUAUUCACCGUAAUAGAUUACUCAUUAAUAUUGGCAAUACCUUUGGAAUUUUUAAAUUUAAUAAUGGUCAGCGCUUGGAAUUUCAUGGACUUAUUUAUAAUUUUACUAGCAUGCGCUCUGUCCGACAGAUUUAAGCAGUUAAAUCAAAGGCUAGCCAAUGUCAAAGGAAAAGUUAGUAAUUAUUCAGUUAUUAUUUUUGUAAAUAAUUAAAUGAAAUUUUAUAUUUUAUAGUGAUCACGAAGAUUAACAUAUAUUUUUGUUAAAUUUUUGAUUAAUUCGACGGUAUUGAUAUAAUAUUGAAGAUUUAAAUAUGCGAUUUUUCUAUGCAUUAUAAUAUUUUGUAGAAUAGAAUUAGGGAAACGUAAGGCAGAACAAGAAGAAACAAAAAAUUAGUCCGUGUAAAGUCUAUGUUAAGUUAAACUCUACGUAGGUACCUAUGCCCAUACAUGUAAUGUACUAGCUGUCCCGUGACAGGCGGUGCCCGUGCCAAUUUGGAUUUUAUUAUUUUAUCCAUAUUCAUUUUUGAUUUUGGCCGUGUUAGAAUGUUUAAUGAGAACAAAUAGGUGGAAAGUGGAUAGUCUUCCUUUGGUGGACUAAAUGUGUUCUAUUGUGAAAUUUGAUUAGUGUAAAUAAUAGUAAUACUAAUAAUUAUAAUAGUUUUCUUUUCCAUGGCAACCCUUGAAUAAACAAAAAUCUUACAUAAAUAAAACAAAGUCGGGUUAGUUACACCAUUUAAAACUCAAGAACAGCUGGACUGAUUUUGAUGAUCACAUGAUGUUUUUCGAUUAAUUUCUAAUAAUAAUUAAUCACCAUUUUUUUUUUCAUCCCUGUUACCGGGCUAACACAAAUCAACAGAAAAAAUUGUAUUUAUUAUAUUAUAAACGAAAUGAUAAAAAUUGCGAUUAAAAAAUAGUGGGUGGGGGUAGGAGAGUGAAAAAUACUUAACGACCUAUUCUCAGACAUACCAAAUAAAUACAAACAAUUUCAUAAAAAUCGGUCAAGCCGUUUCGGAGGAGUGCGACCACAAACACGUGACACGAAAAUUGUAUAUAUAAUAUGUAUACCAAAUCUGAGAGCACGGCGUUAAUAAAGUGGUGGACCAGAGCGUAGAACGCACGUUUCACAUACCGAAAGCGGUUUUUCCCCAGGCCAUUGGUCACCCUUUACAAGAGCAACUAUACAUUAUAACCAUCCUUAGAAAUGGUGAUUGGUUUACAACAACAAAGUACUUAAAUUCUACAUACAUGAUACAUAAAUGCUAAUAAUAAUAAUUUAAUAUUAACGCAAAUAAAUAAAAAAAACCUAAAUACGUAGGUGUUUCUACCGAAGAGACCAAGAUAAAUAAAAUAAUAUUAGGAAUCCAGAUUACUACACUAAGAUAAGAUAAGUCAUUUUUAUCGUAUAAUAUCUUAAAACCAAGGAUCCUAAACAUCUAGUUUCUAAAUAUUAGUAUUUCUGGAUCAGUAUAAAAUAUAAAUAUUAAAAUGUCCUCUUUUCACACCAUGAAUCCGUUAUGCUCCAUAUUUCCUUAUCAUUUACAAUUACAACGGAGAAGUCUAAAUCACGGUUUAAAAUAAUACAAAUCAAUUCCUUUUUUGUGAAUUUUUAAAUCAGUAUUGGAACUAAAGGUUACCGUUUUUUUGAACUAUUAUUAUUCUAAAUCAAAAAUACUCGUUUUUUCAAUACUACAGAACCUAUUGAUUCAUAAUCUUGCCACUUAAAACGUGAAUGAUCAACUGGUCAACUUAUCACUUACUUGUCGUAUAACUAUAGUUAAUAUUAUUAAUCUAAAUCGUGGUUUAAAUUUGUUUAAAUGUGUUCAUAAGUGAAACUAAUGCAAAUGUUUUAUAUUUUCUUCGUGUGUAAAUAAAUCGGUUAAAAAAUAUCUAUACCAAAGAACACGAUGUCUAAUCUUAAUCAAAUACAAUUAUUUCUACUUUGGGUCUUAUACUAAUAGAGUAAAUUCGUUGGAUAAAUAUAAUAUUUAUUUAUGCAUAUUGUAUCGUUUAUUCAAAAUAUCAAACCAAUUAUUCUAAUAUCUAACUACUACAUAUUUUAAUAGUACUUAAAUAAUAGAAAACAAUUUUAUUUAUAGGUACUUCCAAAUACUUAUUGGCGAAAGUCUAGAGAAACUUACAAUCUGCUUGCGUCAUUAACUGAAGACUUUGACGAAUUUUUAUCACCAGUGGUGUUUUUAUCAUUCUCACACAAUUUGUAUUUUAUUUGCUUUCAACUACUAAACAGCUUGAAGUAAAAAAACACAACAUACCUAUUAAUGAAAAUACAAUGAAAUUAUAUUAUUUACUACUAUCCAACAAUGUUGCACUUUAUAUGUAUUUGUAGGCUCAAACACGGCUCGUUGGAAACUGUAUGUUUCGUGUUUUUGUUUACGUAUCUUGUCGGGAGGACAUGUGCCGUGACUUUAUAUGCUGCCUCUAUAAACGACGAAAGCAAAAAAUCUAAGAUCGUACUAUUUUCUGUACCGACUGAAAGUUACUGUACGGAGGUAAGUCUAAAAUUUGUUCAGUAUUUUCAUACGUUUAUUUAUCACUGAGAAAAGUCAUAAUAAAGAAGUACCUUCCAAUGUGGUGUAUAAGUACUUACUUUAUUAAUUUGAAGUAGGUAGACACUUAAUCAAAUUUUAGGAUACAAUUAAUCAUUUAUUUACCUAUAUCUACUUACAUUAUGCUAUGCAAGACACAUGUGUUAUAAAUCACGUUUAUAUGCCAAUACUUUACUUACAAACAUUUGAUACAUGCGAAUAUAAUUCGAUAUAAUUCUAAACCCAACACCGCUAACAAUAAUUAUAGUUGAAUAUUAAAAUUAACAUGUUUAGAAUAUUUUUAACUUACAGGUAGCACGAUUUUUAACACAAGUGACGAGCGGCGAAUUAGCGUUAACUGGUUACAAUUUUUUUUCGGUUACAAGGACAUUCAUGCUGACGGUAAGUUCAAUUAUUUUUUUACCACAAAAUAGUGUGAAUAGGAUAAAUUUUAGACGUUUUGUGCUAAUAUUUUUGGGAAUUUCAUUUAUUUGUGCGUUUUAUAUUAAUUUUUAUGUAAUUUUAUUAAGGUUGCUGGAACUAUUGUCACAUACGAAAUCGUAUUGCUGCAAUUCAAUACGGCGCCCAACGAAACGAUAGACGAGAACAACACUCUAAACUAUUGUCCAUAAUUAUUGUUGAGGUUUAUGACUCGAAAAUUUAAUAAAGAUUACAG